UCAUUUAUAUUACAAAAAUGCCAAAAAAUCGACUAGUUACGCGUUCAGUAACCAACAGUCGACCACCUCAUAUGACUUUAAAUUUGGAAUGUGCAGAAGAGCCUCUCAGCGAAGCUCAGCUAAUGUUAAAAUUGGAACUUAAAGAAAAUUAUGAUAGAGUUGCUGCUACCUUAGAGGAAUUGGUUAAAGAUCAUGGAGGUAAAUUGGUAUGUCAAGCAGGCAAUGUCAACGGUUAUCAAUAUACAUUGCCUUCAAAUCCUACACAAGCAGCGGUUAAAAAUAAUUCUCAACCCAUUGUGAAUGUAAAUCAAAAUAAGAGUCAAUCUAUUAAGUUGAAUGUAUUAAAUAAUGCAAAUGGAUCUCAGGGCAAUAUACAGCUGGUUGUGGAUUCACGAAUGGGAGUUAUUCUUGGAUCUGUAGCUCAGUCUCAAGGAACUGCUAUAACAAAUGUUUCGUCAAGCUCAGCAUUGACAUCAACUUCAGCAUUGACACCAGGAUCUACAUCUACAUCUACAGCGACAGCUAUAUCUACUGUUGCACACUCGCAAACGGAAAAUUACAAGUAUACUCGAUCUGGACGCAGAACGAAAGUGCUUCAAGUUCAACAGUCCGAUGUAAUAGAGGAACCUGCGUUAAUUCCACGUGGAAGACAAAAAUUGGGAUGCUCGACGCAUGUUGUUACACCAACUACAACCAGCCCGCAAGGUGUUACUAAUCUCAGAAUAAAAACCGUGAGUAAACAACAAAUUACGCCAACGGUAUCGUCAGCAUCGGCAACAAUAAGUACAACUACGGGAACGGCAACGCCAACGGUAACGGUAACAGCAACAGCAACAAGGCUGGCAAUUACAAAACCAACUGAACAUACAAGUAUCGGUGGUAUAUCGGUUGGAAAUAAAAAUGCAGCUAGUGACCAAAUUGAUGAAUCCAAGAAGAAUCUCCCAGAUGGAAGGGAAGUGACUUUUAACAAAAUAAACGGAGGUAGAACGUUUCCAUCAUUGGUUGUCGUAGCUAGACCGAAUCUUCGUACGAAGGAUAUCGCGCCACAAGUUGCUCAAAAAGAAAGAUCGGAGUUAGAUAUGAAAGUCAAAAGUGUACUCAUGUUCUCGGCUACAAAGUUUGCCGAAUGGUUGAUACAGCAAGGAUUAGUCAAGUCCGAACAAUAUUGUACACAACAUAGUAAUAACUAUCAGAGGACUAAAUUGAAAUUAGGAAUGUAUAGUGAUCAAGGUACAUUUCCAUAUUCCGGUGGAUAUGUUUGGAUUUCGAGUUGUUGUCCAGAUCGUUUUGUUUCCGUUUUCUCCGGGUCGAUAUUUCAAGGUGCUACAUAUACACCUACUGUUCUCCUAAAAUUAAUUUAUCAUUGGGCAUGUCAAACAAAUGUUCAAAAUGUUGUUUCGUGGGUAAAAGUAUCGAAUGUAUACGUAAAAAAUUUUUAUACCUAUUUACGUAGUGUUUGUACGGCUGCAAUUUGGGAUAAAACUCGUAAAAUGGGAGGUAAAAAUUCCGUGAUACAAGUAGGUGUAAUUAGUUUAGGUACAACAUCGCAAGACGGAAACUUACGGCAAGUUAAAGUCGAAGUGCUUGGUGUAUUGGAUUAUACCACUCUUGAUUUAAGGUUAAGAGCAUGUGAUCCAGUGCAAGAUGGUGAUAGAUCAUAUAAACGACGAUUUAAUAAUAUUUUACAUCCGUUGAAGGAUUGGGUGCAUACGGAUUCGAAAAUUAUGACCGACUUCACCGUUGAUAAAAGCACGCUUGAAGAAAUGGGAUUUAAUCAUGUGACCCAAUCAGCAUUUUCUGAUCAAAGUCCUCGAAAUUUUAUGAGCAAUUAUCACAUUAUGGAGUAUUUGCGAAAAAUUGUCCCGAGAAUGUUUCAAAACACACUUAGUUUACUUAGUAGACAAAUGAUACAACAAUUUUUGGACGAAUUAGUGUGGAGGGAAAUGCACGGUACGACUGCUGCUCGAGCAUUUGAUAACAUUAUCGGACAUAUAGCUGAACAAACUAGAAUUGAUUUAAACGAAAGCCUCUUAGAUCGUUUGGCCAAGAUAGCCGCCAAUCCUUUUUAUAACUGGUCUUAUUCUAAUACGAAUCCGCCACCAUUGACGCCGCUUAUGACAAUAAACAAAGAAGAAAUUCAUUCGGGUUGCGAGGUUUUGAUUCCGACUAGUAGCAAUAUCAAACAACAAGAGACAUUCCCUGUCAUUCAAACAACAAAACCUGGCCCGAAAAGAGGACGAAAGAGAAAUCCUGCCACAGCAAUUAGUCCAGAACCAGAUCUGAAAAAAGGUAUGUUCGAGUCGAAAGGUAUAAGAGAAAAAGAUAAAGAAGGUACAAAUGAUCAGAUACAGUUACAAGAAUUUUAUUAUGCUACUAUGGAAGGUGACAAGGCCCUCCUUUUAAAGGAGCAUAAAUAUUCCUUAUAUUUCAAAUGCUUUCUGUGUACAACAAUGAUGCGUUCGAAUACAGAUGUAAUGGAACAUACUAUUGGUCAUGUACCGCCACAAGUACCCGGGCAAUCAAAUUCUCCCGUCUGUCGGUACUGUUGCACAGCAUUUUCGUCUCAGCAUCAAAUGAUAACACACGUUACAGAAGCACACAGCAAUUUUGGUCACUCUGACAGUGACAUGGUCGUUUGCGCCAUUUGUGAACAAAAAUUCGGAAACAGUGGCCUUCUUAUUAAUCAUUUUUCAUCGGUGCAUUGUCCAUCAGAGAUGCCGUAUCGGUGUGAAAGUUGUGGUUACCGUACUUCCAGUCAUAAAGAUGCUAUUGAUCAUUUUUAUCGUAUUCACGAGAAGGGUGAAGGAUUACAAUGUCCUUACUGCUUGAAGGUAAUAGAUUUCGUAAGAGAAGGUAGUCCCAAUGUUACUAGCGUUCAUGCGUUCUUGUUACAUAUGCAAAGGCAUGUUAUCAGAAGAGAACAAGGACGCGGGAAUAAAUGUUCUAGAUGUUGUCUCUGGUUUAAUCAAAAAAGUUCAUUAAAAAUUCAUCAAAGGGAAUUACAUGACUCUGUAUCAGGUACAAAAGUUAUUCCAUAUUCAAGUGGCAAUAAUGGAAUAAUGAUAUCUAAACAGCGAUUUCAAAAUAGACGAUUUGAGAUCGAUAGUCCGGCAACGGAAUUACCAUGCGACGAAAGAGUUAAAAAAUGGAUCACUGGUCCAGUAACAGUAAAUGCACCAAUGGAACACCUAUCUUGUCAAGAAUGUGAAGAAGAUAUAGAUGAACAAGAUCAUUACCCAGGUGAACAAAGAUGUCAACUGUGUCGCUAUGUAACCUGUUGUUGGCGUGCAUUUAAAGAACAUCAACAACAAAUUCAUAACGAACGACCUAUGACCAGUUUGGUAGUUCCCUCUCCUCUCAUUAAUAUUCCAUUAGAUAAAAAAAUGCAAUGCUCGUGUGGUUAUGCGACGACCGACGGAAAUCAGUUAGCUACACAUUUAAUUAAAUGUAAGAAAGUAUCUGCCUGUCUAGUAGAAGACACAGCACCGUCCGGAAUGUUGAACAGCUUGGGUCUAGUCCCAAAAAAUAACUCAGAUGAGAUAGAUACCGAUAUUAAAAGGACUAAUUUACAUUAAAGUACAAUGAAGUGAAGUACAAGUUUUUAAAUACGUUAGAUAUUGUGAAUGAUAAAUUAAAUGUUCAGAGAAUUAGAAUGGCUUAAAAUAUUGGAAGAGAAAGUAAGUUAUAUGUGUGUAAUUAUAAUGGGAUAAUUCACUUGGACCGGAAUCUCUUAUAAAACAUAAUACGAUGAAGAUAAAUUUCACAAAAUAAAUUGAUCAUAUGUAUCAUGCGCCGAAUAUAUUCUUUACCAUUUUUGAUUGCCGAAGCACAUAUUCUGUUACUACGAUUAGAGAAACUCCAACAAACGUGAACAAUUUUUAUUCCCUAUGGCACCGAUGAAGCAUCUUCAGUAACAAAUUUUUCACGAAUAAAAUUAAUAAAUAGUUCAAUCACCAAUAUUUUAUAACACAUUAAGCAGUCUAUCGUU